AUGGUCUACACGCUUCGCUGGGGCAUCCUCUCGACAGGUCGCAUCGCCACCGAGUUCUCCCUCGACCUCCUCAUCGACCCUUCGACUCGCCAGGUCUGCCACGUCGCGCACCGCAUCGUCGCAGUCGGUUCCCGCUCGAAGAACUCGGCGCAGAAGUUCGUCGAUAACGUGUGGAGCGAGGCGGGCGUCAAGGAGGGCAAGGAGCAGGUCACGCUGUAUGGCUCGUACGACGAGUUGCUCGCCGACAAGGACGUCGACUGCAUCUACAUCGGCACGCCUCACUCGCACCACUACGCCAAUGCCCAUGCCGCCCUCUCCGCCGGCAAGAACGUCCUCUGCGAAAAGUCGCUCGUCGUCAACGCCGCUCAGGCAAAAGCGCUCAUCGACCUCGCCCGCUCGAAGGACCUCUUCCUCAUGGAAGCGGUCUGGCUACGCUUCCAACCUUGUAUGGUGAAGAUGCGGGAGCUGUUGCCGACUAUUGGAGACGUGCGCGGAGCGUCUGCAGAGUUGUGCUGCAACUUUGCGCCGCAAGAACGGACGGAGCCGGACGCUCGUUUGUUCAAUCCGAAGCUGGCGGGAGGCGCUCUUCUCGACCUAGGCCCCUACCCCUGGACGCACCUCGCCCUCGCUCUUCUCCCUCCGUCUUCUUCGUCCACCGAGCCUCUACCCGUCCCCAAAAUCACCUCCUCCAUGGUCAAGACAACGACAGGCGUCGACCGCGCCGUCGUUGCAGGCAUCACCUUCAUCCAGCCGGACGGACGCGAAGUCCUCGGUUCCUUCGUCACUGCCCAAGACCGCCAAUCGCCUAUCACUCGCUGUUCCCUCAUCCAAGGGUCGCACGGCUUCAUCGAGAUCGGCGGACCGCCCAUCCGGCCAUGGAUCAUCACCGUCACUCGGUGGAAGAACGAGGAGAACCUCUCGCUCUCCAGGACUCUGCCGGACGAGACGGAGACGUACGAUUUCCGUGAGCAGCCGGGCGGGAUGCGAGGGUGUGCGUGGGAGGCGGACGACGUAGCGCGGUGCAUCAGGGAUGGGAAGAAGGAGAGCGAGCGGAUGCCGCUGCGAGAGUCGCUCCUCAUGAUGCAGGUCUUCGACGAGAUACGAAGACAGCACGACUUUGCUUUCCCUGCAGAGAUCGAAAGCGUCGAGCUGCUGUAG